AUGACGUACCGAGAAAAGUAUGGAUUUCACUUUGAUACUGAUAAGGAUGGUGCAGUUGUGCACCUUUCCCUAAAUAUGUAUUUUUUGCUGUUUGAAUGUGGUGGACGUACUGGAUGGGACUUGAAUCAUCCUAUUGGACUUACGUCUACCAAGCACUGUUACCACGAGUUCGGAAGCGAUGCAAAGGCAAUCAGUUCAGGCAAUCAAGAAAAUGGAGAACUGCCAGCUGAAAAUGAGACGUCUGGGAAUAAAAAUAGAUCCACUUCAACACAGUCAUUCAAAUUCAUUAUUAAUGAAAAAGAGAAGUGUAAAGAUAAAACACCUUUCUUGAUAUUGCUAAUAGCAACUACAGCUGCUGAAAUUCCACACAGAAGUUCCAUCAGAAGAACUUGGGGUAAUGAAUCUGUGGUUCCAGGAGUUGAGGUUGUUCGUUUGUUCAUGCUGGGUGUUGAGAGCAAUGGUCCAAAUGAGAUCCUACUGAGAGAGAGUGAGGAAUAUCACGAUAUUAUUCAACUGGACUUCCUGGACACUUACCAUAACUUAACUCUCAAAACUUUGAUGGGCAUGAAGUGGGUUGCCUCUUAUUGCAGUGGCGCAAGCUUUGUUAUGAAGGCAGACAGUGAUGUUUUUGUUAAUACAAUAUACCUCAUAGAAAAGCUCCUCAGGCCUCGCUCACUUCCUCCACAAAAUUAUUUCACAGGCUAUCUUAUCAAAGGCAGUAAGCCUAUUCGGGAUAAAACCAGUAAAUGGUACAUAUCAGAAGAAGAAUACCCAGGUGACAAAUACCCUAUAUUUUGUUCAGGAACCGGCUAUGUCUUUUCUGGAGACCUGGCUUCAAAAAUUCUCAAUGCUUCUGUAACGAUAAAAUAUAUACAUUUGGAAGAUGUUUAUAUAGGGCUCUGCCUUAAUGCAAAGGGAAUACGGGUAGUACCUCCACCUAGAAAUUCAUUGUUUAACAUAUACAAGGUCCCAUUUUCUCCUUGUCUGUACAGUAAUAUAAUUACAUCUCAUUACAUUCAGACAAAUGAGCACAUACUUUACUGGGAAACAAUGCAGAAGAAGAAACACAUGUGUCGGACAGGAUAG